AUGGAUGAUGUUUGUCCUGUGAAAACUGCAAACAGGAAUGUUCGAUACCAUCAACAUGAUUUUAGUCGUAGAAGGCCACAAGGAGCAGAGGAGCUAUUCAAUUUCACACACUCGUCUUUAAGAACCGUUAUUGAGCGGUCAUUUGGAGUCUUGAAGAAGCGUUUCCCCAUUUUGAAGAUGAUGCCUUCAUAUGAUUUGAAGACACAAGUUUUGAUUGUGAUUGCUUGUGUAACCAUACACAACUUCAUUAGAAAGCAAGCGGCAGCGGAUUGGUUUUUUAAAAAAGCAGAGAGGGGAACGUUCGAUGAUGAAUGGGAAGACAGUGAUAGUGAUAGUGACGAUGAGGAUGUUGUGGAUUUUGCAAAUGUGGCAGGUAGCACACAACAAAAACAAUGGGAAGCAUAUCGUAGACAAAUUGCUGAGCAAAUUAGAAAAGCUUGCCAAAAUUGA